UCUUAUUUUGUCUGCAACCUGGCAUGGCAUCAAAACAGUCAAUUCUGUCGGUGCCUGAGUGCCAGAGCGAGUGAGGGGAUGGGCCACCUUCAAGGAGGGUGUCCAGAAAAGGAGGCAUCAGGGACACAGGAAAGACAGGUGUGGGCUUAACUCUGCAGCACGUCAUACACACAAGCCCCCAUGCAGGCACCCCAUGUGCUGGUCACUCAGCAGAGGAGAGGUCAUUCAGAACUUCCCAAGACCCUGUCCAGUAGGGCUUUGAGGCAGAAGCCUGGUUGUAUUGAUGGUAGGCACCGUCAGGCUGGGGGUCUGAGAGGGAAUCACGCUGUACAGGAAGAGGAAGGACAGCCCUUGUCAGUGCCACAGGAUGUGUCAAAGGCCAAGAAGGCCAGGCAUAAUGCACAUCCACCAGGUAGGGAGACUCACAGGCCUGCCAAAUCGCAGCCAUAUGGAGUGCCUUGAGCCUCUUCUCAUAGUGGAAGGACAAGAGCCAGGUAAGUGACGCUCCCAUGUGGCCCAGGUAUGUGCUCUCUCCCUCCUGGCUCAGGUGUACACUCCCGGGCUGGCCCUGUGCCCUUUGCCUCCUCAGCACUGGUGGAGUGAAGAAAGCCCAGCUCAGCAGUACAGAGAACCACAUCCCCACACAGACUCCUUCCAAAGGAGGUUGGCGGGGGCAUGCAGCGAGCAGAGGUCUGCUGGCAGAGCAAAAGGGGAAUUCCAGAUCUCUCGGAGCUUGGAGGAAAGUCCGGACCCUCUCCCUGCCCACCUGUGCAUCUAAGGAGACACAUCAAGGGGGAGGUAAGCAUUUCUGGUGUUAGCUGGCACAGAGGCUUGGUGGGGUGGGGAGGUGGCACUGCCUUAGAGUCCUGGCAGAGCAGGAACAGAAUGAGGUCUCCUCAUUACUGGGAGGCCAGGUCAGGCUGUUCACUACUCUGUGCCUCAGUUAUCCUAUCCAAGCCAACCAGCUCACCUCACAUAGUCAUUUAUAAGGACCCAAGGUAAAGGAGGAAACCCUGGUAGCAUAGUGGUUAAGAGCUACGGCUGCUAAACAAAAGGUCGGCAGUUUGAAUCCACCAGAUGCUCCCUGGAAACUGUAUGGGGCAGCUCUACUCUGUCCUGUAGGGUCACUAUGAGUCGGAAUCGACUCCACAGCAAUGGGUUUAGUUUGGUGUUUUUUUAAGGUGAAGGAUUUGGGCAAAGGUAUAGUUCGAAGGUGGGGAGGGUUCCCUUUCUCCCUUGCAUCUCACCUGACUGGCUCCUCUGCCCCCCUCCCUCCCUGUUACUACUUGGCUGUCUCUUUGGCUUCAAUAAGCAACAAUGCCCUGGCUCGGGGGGCCACUGGGAAGGCAGGAUAGGAUUCACCAGGAAUGGUCUGUGGUAGGGGCACCCUCUGCUUCCACCAGCUCUCCAGAGACUCAUAUACACCCGCAGGCUAGCUUCCUCCAUGCACGUCAGCAGCACAUCACGGGUGGCCUUGCCAGAGGGCAGCCAAUGCUGUGGUCAGUCAUGCCCUCGGGCGUUGGCUUCCUCCAACUGGGAGGAAGUGAAAAAGCAAAACAAAACAGCAAGCCAGUUGCCAUCUAGCCCACUGUGACUCAUGGCGACCCCACAUGUGUCAGGAUCGUACUGUGCUGCAUAGGGUUUUUAAUGACUGAUUUUUUGGCAGUAAAUCGCCAGGCCUUUCUUCCGAGGUGCCUCUGGGUGGACUCAAACCUCUAAUCUUUUGGUUAGCAGCCAACUGCAUUCACCCAUUUGCACCACCCAGUGUGGAAAUUACUCAGUGAGCACCCGCUCUGCCACUGGCUCUGUGUGACCUUGGGUAAGUCACUUCUGCCUCUGCACUUCCAUUUACUUUCUCACAGAAAAGAUGGCCAGACUGUCCCAAGGCUAAGACCCUCUCAAUUUUAACACACUUCGUCUCUCUGAGGUAAGGCCUCCUGGCUUCCAGAGAGAGGCUGGAGGAGGUGUGAGGUCUCUGCCCCAGACACCUUCAGAGCCAGUCUUUCCCGAAGGCUGCCUGCACUGCAGGGACUACAGGGAAGUCCUUUGAUCACAGGACCUUUGGUAACUUGAAGGUCACUGGGAAUUUAGCCAAGGACUAGACACAUACUGCUUCCAGCCAGAGUCCCCAGAAACAGAAACACACUCUCCAGGGUUCUAAAAGCAGAGUAGGCUUUCCUUCUACACAAACUAUGCUGCCUGGUUAGCACCGACCAGACCGGCUGAGAAUCAACAAACAGGAAAGUUUAGAGAUGGCCUGCUCCCUCCAGCCCUUACGCUCCCUCCAGCCCUUACGCUCCCUCCAGCCCUUACCGGAAACUGUCAAAUCACAACUUGGUACCACUUCCUUCCGAGUCAUUUAGGCCUUAGAAAAUCGUUAACGAAGGAAAGAAAAUAAAAAGAAAAAAGAUGGAAGAGACAGAGAGAGAGAAAGCCCAUUGAUAUGAAACUUUCUCAGGCUGCCCAGCCUGGAGCUCUCCUGCCCUCCAAGUCCCCAGCUUUCACGACCUGUGACGAUAACUGGGCAAGAAGUGGUGUCCUAUCUUGCCACGUUUCCUGCAGGCUAUCACUUUUAUGCCCAUGUCUUUUUAUCCAGGCUCGGUAUGCCCAUGACUUUUUAUCCAGACUCAUGAGUGCUUUGAGGACAAGGACUGGGCUUCACAAUUUUUCAUGACCCUCACCUCACUCCAGUGACAGCCCUCACAAAGUGUUUGUUGACUGCCACAGCAAAGGGCAACACAAAGGACUGGAUUCAGUUUUGUACUGGAAACUUUGACCAGGUGGCCAUAGACGCAGAGGGGUGGGAUAGGCCAAACAUGGCCAGUGUCAGGGAGGCCGAGUGUGGGUUUGAAGGCUUCCCCGGGAGGUCGCAUGCUGUUCUGGUGCACGCAUGGCUUCAAGCCUUGAGGGUACAGGGUUGGGGCCCAGGAGUGCCCGGGUGGCUGGGCUCUGCAGGUGAAACGUGUGCCAGGCAAGGCAAGAAUCAAGUGGGUAGAUGGGACUCUGCACACAGAGGUCCCCAAACCCCCCAGGGUGGUCUGAAUGCGGCUUCAUGAGCAGUGCCAGAGUUUGCUUUUGGCACUGGAAGGGGCUGGUGUUUGUGGGGUGGGGGAGUUGCAGAGAAAGAGGAAAUCCUGAAUGGACAAACAGUGGGACAGCUGUGGCCUGAACUUGCUGUUCUACCUCCUCAGAAGGGGAUGUAUUAAUUUCCACAAAUGCUAAUAGCCCAUUUCUCCAAGAGCUAUUACUUAUGUCAUCUCGCCUUGGACACAUUUCAACACAGGGUAGACAAAUGAAAGGGAGCAUAAGGCAGCCCCACCACGGUCCCAGCUCCUCACCCCCUCCCAACCAGGCAGCUUCUGCUCUGGUGGACUUGCCAGUCACAGGGUCAAGACCCCCUUCCUUUAACCCCACACCCAGGUCCCUAUAGUACCAGGAAGCAAAGAAAGUUACCAACCCCAGAAAUGCUGAAUCACAAAGUGAGGCUGAGCAGGAAAGUGGGGGUGGGGUGGGGAGGAGAUGGUGGCAAGGGAGGAAGACAGGAAAGGGUGCUAGGGGCUUCCCACCUGAAGCACCCCAAAAAGCUCCAUGCAAAGCGUAACUGGAACCCCCAGACAAAUGCCAGGAGGAGCGGAGCAAGGAUGAGCCUGGUGGCAGGGUGGGAGACGGACAGGUACCCGGCUGGCCCGCGGUGUGGUUGCUGCAGUACAAACCGGUGCAGCUGCUGGGUCUCUGCGUCCUGCGGGACAGCAGCAGGUAGGGAGGGAGGUGGGAAGUGCAUCGUACCAGUGGAAGCGAAGAGACGCUAAAGAUGGGGGCAAGGGUGGGGGUUAGUAGCCAGAGGAAUUGGUGCAGGAAGGGAGGAAGGAGUGUCAAGGUUCCGGGGAGCUGGGCGAGGUAGAGAGAGCACGCCGCGGAAAGCGCGGAGGAGCAGAGAGCAGAAUGGGUGGGAGGAUGGAGACAGGGACCACGAGGAAGGCAGAGGGAGCAAGGGCGAAGAUGCGCCUUCAGGGGCAACAAGGAAGAGAGAUGCAGAGGACCGCAACCUGGAGCGUUCCGUUGGGGGCUGCGCAGGGGCCAGGAGACGGAUGGGAAAGGUGGGGACGGAGGAAGGGGGACGCACGGCUGCGGAAUCGGAGAGGCCGAGAUAGGGGACGAGGUGCACCACCGGGGUCUCGGGGAGGGACUCAGUUUGGGCAGGGGUUGGGGGUCUGAGCUGAAAGGUCAGGCGGGAUGACAUGGACGGAGAGGGAUGGGAUGGGGGAAGGGAGGUGAUGGAGAAGGAGGUGAGGAGCCUGGAGAGGAGGUGAGGACGGAGGCGGGCGCAGAGACACAGGCUGGAGAUAGAGAUGGAGAAGGGACCGCUGUGGGCUCGCCAAUCUUCGCCGCCCUCUCCCCGUGCAGGUACCCAGAAAGCGCAGCCCGCAGGGUCUCCGCCCGCACUCACCUGGGGGCUCCAGCUCCGGAUCCUAUGCACCGCUCCGGAUCUUCCUUCCCGCCCUGCCCCAGCGACUUUAGCGCCCCCGAAUCCCGCUCUCUCCGGCAGGUUCCGCCCGCAGCAUCCUCACCUCGUGGGACGCCCUAGGCCACGCCUCCUCCAGCUUCUCAUUGGCUAUUGUUCACGCCAGUCACAUUCCCAUUGGCUGAGUGACCGCCGGCUAUGCAAAGCAGGAACGGGCCCGCCGCCGCGCCGAUUGGCUGGCGCUCGCGAAGCGGCGCCUCCGACUUGGGCCCUGAUUGGUCUCUCGGCCCUGACGAAGAAAAUGACGCGAGGCGGGUUCGCCAGUGGAUCGCUGUCGCGCUGCUGCGCCUCUCUCCGAGGCUUCUCCCUCUGGUGGCGGCACACAGUGUGCACCUCUCGGCCAGUCCUCGGCCUUCGAGGCCUGCCGCUCAGGUGGGCACCGGCCCCGGGCCUGGGCCCGUCGUGGGGGAACUUUCUUGAAAACGUGGGCCUAGUCGCUCCGAGUGCGCUCGCGGCGGGCGCGUCUCCUAGGUAAUCCUGGAGACCCGAGUGGCCCUUGGUCCAGCAGCAUGAAGGAUUGGCAUGGGGUAUUUGCCCAAAAUGUGCUUGUUCCUCCCCACCCCCAGAGGGGUCGCCAACUUCCAAAGGAAUCAACAGCAUUCCAGUGUGUUCUGAAGUGCCUCGAUGGGCCGCUCAUCAAGCAGGGCUUGCAGGAAGUGCUGUCUGACGUUGAAUGCCAUCUGCGGGUGUCUUUCUUUGAUGUCACCUACCGACACUUCUUUGGGAAGACGUGGAAAACCACUGUGAGGCCAACCAAGCAGCUCUCAAGGCAGCCGCCUAGGAUUGUCUUCAAUGAGCCCUUGUAUUUCCACACGUCCUUAAACCACCCGAACAUAGUAGCAGUGGUAGAAGUGGUUACUGAAGGCCGGAAGCGGGAUGGGACCCUUCAGAUGUUGUCCUGUGGGUUUGGAAUUCUUCGGAUCUUCAGCAAUAAGCCAGAGUCUCCUACCUCUGCUUCCCAGGACAGACGAUUCCAGUACCGCCGUUGCCUGUCCCAACAGUCAGAUGUCUUCACGCAUUGCCAGAUGUCCCUGAGAGGCAAGACCACCCAUUUUGAGCUACUGAAAAGGUUGAGGUUGUAUCACGGCACCCCGAGAGCCCUCCUGCACCCGCUGCUCCAGGACCCCAUAGAACAGAACAAGCACCUGACCCUCCUUGAGAACUGCAGCCUACAAUAUACCUUGAGGCUACACCCAGCCCUGGAGCCCGUGCGCCACCUUCUCCCUGAGAACCUGCUGGUGUCUGGCUUGCAGCAGAUCCCAGGCCUCCUGCCAGCUCACGGAGAAGUAGGUGAUGCUCUUCGAAAGCCUCGCCUUCAGAAGCCUGUCACCUGCUACUUGGAUGAUUUGUUCUUCAACCUGUACCCCUCCCUGGAGAGAUUUGAAGAGGAGCUUCUGGAACUCCUCAGCAGCGAUCGCUUCCGGGAGGGGAGUGGCCCUGGGGACGGCAGCACCCUGGAGAUCCGGGAGCGGCGCCUGUGUGUGGGCGUGCACAAUGGGCUGACCUUCGUGCAGAGGCCUCAGGUGGUCGUGCUGGUGCCCGAGACGGAGGUGGCCCUGACGCGCUCUGCCAGCUUCAGCAGAAAAGUCAGCUCCUCCUCCAAGAGCAGCUCUGGAAACCAAGCUCUGGUUUUGAGAAGUCGCCUUCGCCUCCCCGAGAUGGUCAGCCAUCCGGCAUUUGCAAUUGUCUUCCAGCUGGAGUAUGUGUUCAAUGCCCCUGCAGGACUGGAUGGCAAUGCAGUGUCUGCCACCUCGCUGUCCAACUUGGCCUGCAUGUACAUGGUUCGCUGGGCUGUCUGGAGCCCAGGUCUGGAUGCCACCUCUGGCCAGGUGACCCUACCUCUGCAGGGCGGCACCCAGCCUGGCCCCUCGCACUGUCUGGUCUACAAGGUGCCCUCAGCCAGCAUGAGCUCCGAGGAGGUGAAGCAGAUGGAGUCGGGGACAGUGCAGUUCCAGUACUCACUUAGCCCAGAAGAACACUUGGACACGUCUCUGGAGCGGGCCAGCAGCACCAAGGCAGAGCGGCGGCAGGCCUCCAAGAAGCCACCCACGUCCCCUUCAAGCCCAUCAGUGCCACCACCCUUGAGACUUGCUGCCACCCAGGAUUCACCCGUGGGACCAGGGUUGUCCAUUUCCCAGCUGGCAGCGUCCCCACAGUCCCCGGCCCAGCACCGGUCACCCAGGCCCUCUCCACUGCAGUCCGAUGGCUCACCGCCCAUCCCAGCCCAGUCGGAGCUCCCCUAUGAGGGCAGGAUCUCUCACCUGGAGGCUGACCUGAGCCAGGCAUCUGUGGUCCUGGACACGUGCGUUGCUGAGCAGUUGCAGGAGCUGCCUUUCAUGCCCUUGCAUGCCCCGAUCAUCGCUGGGGCCCAGGCCAGGAGCUCCGGAAGCGCGCUCUCCCGGGCCUCGAUGGUGCUCCUGCAGUCCUCUGGCUUUCCAGAGAUUCUGGAUGCCAAUAAGCAACCAGCUGAGGCCGUGAAUCCCACAGAUCCUGUGAAGUUCAGCCCUCAGAAGGAAGAAGCAGACUGUCUGCAAAGCAAUGAAAUAGUGCUACAGUUUCUUGCCUUCAGCAGAGUAUCUCAGGACCACAGGGGAACGGCGUGGCCAAAGACUGUGUACUUCACCUUCCAGCUCUACCGCUUCCCACCUGCCACCACACCCCGGCUGCAGCUGGUCAAGCUGGACCAGGCUGGGAAGACCCACAUCCUCGUUCCAAUUAACAAAGAUGGCGCCUUUGAUGCUGGGUCUCCUGGCUUCCAGCUCAAGUACAUGGUGAACCCUGGGUUCCUGAAACCUGGAGAGCAACGCUGGUUCCUCCGGUACCUGGCGGUGCAGACCCUGCAGAUCGAUGUCUGGGACGGGGACGCCCUGCUCCUCGUUGGCUCAGCUGCCGUUCAGCUGAAGCAUCUCCUCCGCCAAGGGCGGCCGGCUAUCCAGGUUUCACAUGACCUUGAGGUGGUGGCAACAGAAUACGAACAGGACGUGGUGGUGGUCAGUGGAGAUAUGACCCAGUUUGGCAGUGUCAAGCCCAUCGGCGUCCACACGGUAGUGAAGGGCCGGCUGCACCUGACCUUGGCCAACGUGGGUCACGUGUGUGAGCAGAAGGUGAGAAAUUCCAACUUGUUGCCACCAUCCAGAUCGCGGGUCAUCUCCAACGACAGGACCAGCGGCUUCCCAGGAGGCAGCCUCCUCACAAGGGGGGCCCUGAGAUCAGGAAAACGUGUGGUCCAGGCCCAGAAGCUGGCUGACGUGGACAGUGAGCUGGCUGCCAUGCUGUUUACCCACAUGCAGACGGGGAACCGGAACCCCCAGAUCGCUGGCCGAGAGACAGAUGCUGUCCGCAGGCGCAAGCUGGAGAGGAUGCAGUCGGUGCGCCUGCGGGAGUUUGGAGGAGAGCUUGGCGGCCGGAGGAGCAGUGUACCGGCUCAGCAGAGUGUCCUCGCGCAGCAUUCAAGGGACCUGCGAGUCAUCGAGGCCUACCGUGAGCGUAUGAAGGCCGAGGGCAUCACCAGCAUGCUGAGCCUGGCCAUCACCACCCAGCACACACUCUACGCCGCCCUGGGCACCGCCGAGUUCUUUGAGUUCGCCCUUAAGAACCCUCACAACAUGCAGCACACGGUGACUGUCGAGAUUGACAACCCUGAGCUCAGUGUCAUCCUGGACAGCAGGGAAUGGCGGCACUUCAAGGACGCAGCCGGCCUGCUCACACCCGUGGAGGAGGACAUGUUUCACCUGCGUGGUGGCGGCCUGGCCCCCCAGCUGUACCUGCGCCCCAAGGAGAAUGCCCACAUCCCCUUCAAAUACCAGACUUUCUCUCUUGGCCAGUCAGCCACAACACAGGCCUCUGCCGAACCGAGGCCCAAGCAGGGUGUGGACACCGAAUCUCCCUGGAAGUCUAGCACAGUGCCCACGAAACAUGCCAAGGUCACCUUCCGGGCGAGCAGCGGCAAGCCCCUGGCUGUGCUCUGCUUGGCUGUGGAGCCCCAGCCUCACGUGGUGGACCAGAUCUUCCGCUUCUACCACCCGGAGCUGACCUUCCUAAAGAAGUCCAUCCGCCUGCCCCCAUGGCACACGCUUCCAGGUGCCCCUGUGGGAACACCCGGUGAGGACCCCCCGAUCCAUGUUCGAUGUAGCGACCCCAAUGUCAUCUGUGAGACCCAGAGUGUGGGCCCCGGGGAGCCCCGAGACGUGUUCCUGAAGGUGGCCAGUGGCCCAAGCCCAGAGAUAAAGGACUUCUUUGUCACCAUCUAUGCGGAUCGCUGGCUGGUGGCACCCAUCCAGAUCUGGCAGAUCUACCUUCACUCCCUGCAGCGCGUGGAUGUCUCCUGCAUCACAGGCCAGCUGACCCGCCUGUCCCUGGUCCUUCGGGGGACGCAGACAGUUAGGAAAGUGAGAGCCUUCACCUCACACCCCCAGGAGCUGAAGAUGGACCCCAAGGGUAUCUUUAUGCUGCCGCCUCACGGUGUGCUGGACCUGCACGUGGGUGUGCGGCCCCACAGGGCUGGCAGCAGGUUCAUCCACCUCAACCUUGUCGACGUGGACUUCCACCAGCUGGUGGCUUCCUGGCUCAUCUGCCUCUCGUGCCGCCAGCCUCUCAUUUCCAAGGCUUUUGAGAUCACGUUGGCUGUGGGUGAAGGGAAGGGAGCCAACAAGCGGAUCACCUAUACCAACCCCUACCCAUCCCGGAGGCAGUACCACCUGCACAGCAACCGCCCCGACCUGCUGCAGUUCAAGGAGGACUCCUUUGAGGUUGGAGGAGGCGAGACCUACACAAUUGGCCUUCGAUUUGGCCCAAGUCAGAGUCCUGGGGAGGAGGAGGUUCUGAUCUACAUCAACGACCAUGAAGACAAAAAUGAAGAGACGUUUUGUGUGAAGGUCAUCUACCAGUGAAGGGACACCUUGCAGGGACAUGUAGCCUCUGUGCCGCCUUGGCCUCUGUGCUCCUUGGGGAACGCCUCAUCCUCUCCUUAAUACUUUCCAAUUGUGGCAGCUGCAGAUGUCCUUGCGCUGCAGGCCCUUUUCCCCCUGGCUUCUCUGCAGCAUUGAACCUCAAGGUGGCCUGCCCGAUGACCGACCUGUGAACUUGGCCAAGGGGUGGAGAGACCACCAUGCCCUGGCUGUUUGUGACGCUCAUGUCCAGUCAGGCUGCUGCCAACACCAGACGUACAGAGCAAGACCUGGACCUGAGCGUGUACGGUGGCACCAGCGGCAUGCUGCCCUCACAUGGCUGCACACGAAGUCCCUUAACUGUGCUGCAGACAGGAGUUGUCCCUUUGACAAAGUCACUUGAUUUGCUUUCAACAAAAUGAUUUAUUGAUUUUAACAAAAUGCAUUUUAUGAAUCAUCUUAAGUGAUAAAUUUAUGUUUUUCUUACGGCAUUUUAUACAGAUAUAUUAUUUGAUAUGCAGUAUUUAUACUGGUGUUAUUUCAUAUCUUUUUUAAAUUAUUGUACAAAACACUAAACUUUUACACGUUUUCCUUUUUGACAGUUUUCUUGAGUAUUUUCUGUCUCCAUCGUAAGCCUGGUUCUCCUUGAGGGAAAUGUGCCUGGGGGACAGUCUAGGAGACACUCAGGUGGCCCGUGCUGGUCCCUAAGGCUGGUGAGUCUGUGCAGCCCUGGCUGGGCGAGGGCUGAGGACUUGGAAAUC